AUGUUGCAGCUACUGGUUUUCUCGUCGUUGAUAGCUGUCACCAUCGCUUCCUAUGGCGCGAAUGUCAAUUAUCGUUCUCCUUCCCUCAACCAUCCUGGCCUAGGUAUCUCCGUCCGCAAAGUUGUCAAACGUCAUGAUCCUAGAUCGGCCUUUGCUCCUGGACAGCUUAAUUUCACUCAUGGAGUGGCCUCUGGCGAUCCGUAUCCGAACAGCGUGAUUCUUUGGACGAGAUGCUCUCCUUCCUUCGACGACGUCAAAGACAAUAGCACGGUCUCAGGCUUCGCGCCCCCGUACAACCCAGUCCCGAUUCAUGAUGAUACCGAUGCGGGCAAGCCGCCGUCCAACGCUCCAGUUUGUUUGAAUUGGAAGAUAGCUUCUGACAAGGCUCUCUCUUCUGUGGUGGAUUCGGGAACAGUUUAUACCAGUUCCGAUGUUGACUACACGGUCAAAGUGGAAGCUACCAAGCUUCAACCUUUCACACAAUACUAUUACCAAUUCACGGUUUGCAAUUCCAAUCAGUCCAGCAUGGUCGGCAGAACCAAGACAACCCCAUCGCCAGAUGACGAUGUUGCGGGGGUCCACCUGGCAGUCUACUCUUGUAGCAAUUUCCCCUUCGGCUUCUUCAAUGCGUAUGGAAACCCCGUCCGCAAGGGCUCGGUCGACUAUGUGGUUCACCUGGGUGACUACAUCUACGAGUAUGCCAAUGGUGAAUAUGGUUGGGGUCAAUCCAUCGGUCGUAUUCCCUUGCCGGAUAGACGAAUCUACACUCUCUACGACUACCGCAAGCGGCAUGCCACCUACAGAACUGAUCUUGAUUUGAUUGCCAACCAUGCAAACCACCCCUGGAUUCCUGUCUGGGAUGACCAUGAGGUCGCGGACAACACUUAUCGCGAUGGAUCUUCAGAACUCAACAACACCGAAGCUUCCUUCGUUGAAGACGGUGGCGUCUCGGUAGAUCAACGUAAGAUGAAUGCUGUUCGCGCAUACUUUGAGUGGCUGCCCAUUCGUCAGGUCGAAAUGGGCGAUGAUCUCCGAAUCUGGCGGUCUUUCUCCAUCGGCAGCCUCUUCGACCUCAUCAUGCUCGAUACUCGUCAGUACGACCGCUCCAUCACCGAUCUCUACUGGAACACCGACUACAUCCAUCAAAUCUCCAACGAUGCGGGCCGGAGCAUGAUGGGAUCCCGUCAAGAGAACUGGUUUUACAAGUCCUUGAUUGAUUCAAAGAACCGUGGGGCGGCAUGGCGUAUCAUCGGCUCACAGACCGUUUUCAGCCGUAUCAACGCCUCCGUCUCCUACGGCAACGUUAACCCUCUCGAUUACGACGCUUGGGAUGGUUAUCAAGCCAACCGCAACCGCACAUAUCAAACGCUGUACGACAACAACAUCACCAACAACAUCAUGAUCUCAGGCGAUAGCCAUGCCAACUGGGUGUCGGAUCUCGUUUGGCUAGACCAUCACGCAUAUGACCCUGCCACCGGCGAGGGUUCAAUUGGUGUUGAGUUUGCUGGCGCGGCGGUAUCAUCGCCCUCGCCUGCUGGACAAAAUAUCUCCAUCGCCACCAGUGUCCAAGGCAGUCAAUGGCUUGUCGGUGCCAAUCGCGAGUUGCAGUGGUCCGAGUUGUACUAUCGUGGCUAUUUUGAGCUCCACAUUACACCGCAGAGGGUGGAUGCGCGCUACUUUGGCAUGCCCACCAUCAUCAACCGCAACCCCAAUGAGAUCUCGUUGGCCAACUUCACCGUCAUGAGUGGUGAGAAUAGACUUCAUCGGUACAGCGGUACUGUGGUCGCUGCGCCCGUGGAGAAUGGGUAUGUCAAAUUUGGACCAUUGAAGCAAACUAAUAUCACCAAUGCCACGGACACAGGGCGGUAUUUCAUCAGCCAUGAGAAUGUGGAGGAUAUUUGA